AUGUGCAAUGGCGAAUUUUUAGAUAAAGAUCCAGAUGAAGCUUUAGAAUUUCUAGAUCAUCUAGCUGAAAAUUCUCAAUCUUGGCAAACAGUAAAACCAAUCGAAAACUCAAUUAGAUCUAGUCUUGCUAGUUCUAGUGGAGGAAAAUAUCAAUUGAGUCAAGAUGAUGAUCUAAAUGCUAGGAUUGCUAGUUUGUCUAGAAAGGUUGAAGCUAUGGAAUUAAGGAAAGUAAAGGAAGUUAAACCCGUGCAAAAUGAUGAAAUUUGUAGCAUUUGUGAAACUUUUGGUCAUCUUACGCAUGAUUGUCCUAACAUUCCAGUUUUCAAAGAAGUUUUAUAUGAUCAAGCCAAUGCUAUGAACACUUUCAAAAAGCCUUUUUCUUCUCCAUACUCAGAAACAUAUAAUCAACAAUGGAGAAAUCAUCCCAACUUUAGUUGGAGAGAUGAUAAUCGUGUUCAUUUAUCACAACCUCAAGGGCUUUCGAAAUUUCCUUCUUUUCCACCACCACAAUCAAUGACUCUUGAGGAAACAUUGCAGUCUUUUAUGCAAGGACAAGCAAAUAUUAAUAAUCAAACUUCACAAGCCAUCAAUGAAAUCAAGAACACACUUUCUUCAUUGACCUCUUCUUUGCAUUCUCAAGAGAAAGGCAAAUUUCCUGCUCAACCUCAACCAAAUCCUUCUCAGCAAUAUAAUGUAAAUGCUUCUAGUUCUUCUGAAAGUCAACAACAAAAUGCCAACUCCAUCACGACUCUUCGUAGUGGAAAAAUUAUUGACAAAACCAUCCCUUCAAAAGAACUAAAAUCUGGUGGUACUUCAAAGCAAGAAAAUGAUGUUUCCAAAAGUGAGGAAAAGAUCAUUUCUGAACCUAUUGUUGAAAAAUGUCCCAUUCCAGCUCCAUUUCCUCAACAAUUGCUACCAAUUUCAAAACUCAACCACAAUUCUGAAAUUUUUGAACUUUUUAAACAAGUCAAAAUUAACAUACCAUUAUUGGAUGCAAUCAAACAAGUACCUUCAUAUGCAAAAUUUUUAAAAGACUUGUGCACUGUUAAGAGGAAACUUAAUGUUCAACAAAAAGUAUUUUUAACAGAGAAUGUGAGCUCGAUCGUUCAACAAAACACUCCACCUAAAUUCAAAGAUCCUAGUUGUCCAACAAUUUCUUGUGUGAUUGGGAAUAACAGGAUAGAGCGUGCUUUGCUUGAUCUUGGUUCUAGUGUUAAUCUAUUACCUUUUUCUGUGUAUGAGCAACUUGGUUUGGGAGAGCUUAAGCCAACAACAACAACACUUCAACUUGCUGAUCGUUCAGUAAAAGUUCCAAGAGGGGUUGUAGAGGAUGUUCUAGUUCAAAUUGAUAAAUUCUAUUUUCCUGUUGAUUUUAUAGUUUUGGACACACAUCCUGUUUUAAAUUCGAAUGCACAAAUACCUGUCAUUCUAGGACGUCCCUUUCUUGCUACUUCAAAUGCGUUGAUAAAUUGUAGAAAUGGUAUUUUAAAACUCUCUUUUGGAAAUAUGACCGUGGAAAUGAAUAUUUUUAACAUUUGCAAGCAACAUGGAGAUGAAGAUGAUUUGCAUGAAGUAGAUCUUAUUGAACAACUUGUUGAUGAUCAAUUUAUCGCUACAUCUUCAUAUGAUGCGCUUGAAUUUGAAUUCAAUGAUAAUUCUAAAAAUUCGCAAGUGAUUUCAAGUGUUCAAGAACCAAAUCUCGAUUUGAAACCAUUUUUUGAGAAUUUCUCUAAAUUGGAAGAGUCUGUUGCUAUACAUGAUUCUAAAGAUUGA